UCUGCGGACCCGUGCGGUCCUGUCACGUUUUGAAGUCGGCGAUUGGGACAUGGCUUCCAUUUCGUUAAGUCGGUUGAAAUUUUUCAUGGAAAACGAUUGAAAAUAAAGCGCUCUGACAUUACAAGCAUGUGCAUAUAGCUAUUGAGUUUUUUCAAUGGAAUAUAACAUUGAAGAUUUGUUGCAAGCUUAUAGCUUGACGAAAUUUAAAAUAUUCUAGUGAAAUGCUACUAACCUAGUCAUAGUAGACUGAAAACUUGAGGAAUUCACUACAUACAGCAUGGGAAAUAAACUUUCUUGCUGUACUUGUGGUAGUCCUCGAGUAGAUAGAAGAGCAGAAGACAGUUACUUACCAGAAGCAGAAGUACAUCAAGAUGAGAGCAUUUCAAAUUUACAGCAUAUUAGUGAAAGAGAACCAGAGGAUAUUGAAACUGAUCCCUCCACACAUCCAACUGCAGGACCAUUAUUUAUGCAGAGAUCAAAAAGUGAUGUUAGAAAUUGUAAAGAUAAACGAAGAAGUCAAAUAAAUGAAUUCACUACAUACAGCAUGGGAAAUAAACUUUCUUGCUGUACUUGUGGUAGUCCUCGAGUAGAUAGAAGAGCAGAAGACAGUUACUUACCAGAAGCAGAAGUACAUCAAGAUGAGAGCAUUUCAAAUUUACAGCAUAUUAGUGAAAGAGAACCAGAGGAUAUUGAAACUGAUCCCUCCACACAUCCAACUGCAGGACCAUUAUUUAUGCAGAGAUCAAAAAGUGAUGUUAGAAGUACAUCACCAUCAAAAGUUUCAAUAAACUGUCUAGAUUUGAACACACAACCACAUAAAGAUGGAGUGCCUGAUGAUUAUGAUCAACGUGAUCCAGACCACAGAACAAUUUAUAGGUUUGUAAGAACCCUUUUUAAUGCUGCACAAUUAACAGCUGAAUGUGCCAUUAUUACUCUAGUGUACUUAGAAAGACUGUUAACGUAUGCUGAAGUUGAUAUAGUGCCAAGUACAUGGAAAAGGAUUGUUUUAGGAGCAAUAUUAUUAGCUUCAAAAGUUUGGGAUGAUCAAGCCGUCUGGAAUGUGGAUUAUUGUCAAAUUCUUAAAGAUAUAACUGUGGAAGAUAUGAAUGAACUUGAAAGACAAUUUCUAGAAAUGCUACAGUUCAAUAUAAAUGUUCCUGCAAGUGUUUAUGCAAAGUAUUAUUUUGAUUUAAGGACGUUAGCAGAUCAAAAUGAUUUAACAUUUCCUUCACAACCAUUGAGCAAGGAUAGAGCUCAGAAAUUAGAAGCUAUGUCCAGGGUUUGUGGUGACAAAUUAGCUGAAUUACAUCGGAAUGGUUUGAAAAAAUGGUCAAGUUUGGAUAAUAUGACUAUCCCUCGACACAACACUGCCAUAUUGUCUUGACAUAUAUUACACAUUUGCAGAAGGAAUGGAUAAUAGCUGUAUCAGAUACUUAGGAAAAUCAGGGAGAAACUAUAAACUCCAACCAAGUGGCUGUUCCAAUGACUAAAACUUUGCUAGUAAAAUAAUUAAAAUUUUCUGCUCAGGAAAUGUGGUACCAGUUUUUGCUUGGUACACAUAUCUUGUCAUUGAAGUGAACAAUGAUUGCAAAAUCAAAUGAUGACAUGGAUGUAUGGAUUGGAAUCUUGAGUGAUUCUACUCAUAGUCAAUACAAGCUUUCAUCUGUGCUGCUUUUUGGUUGUUAGGUAAAGGCAAAAUUAAGGCUAUUCUUUUAUUUUUUGAAAUAUAUUAUUAUCCAGAUAGCUGAUUUUAAAUUAGAGAGAGAGAAUGCUUAUAUCAUUUCUUUUAAAAUUGUAGCAUUUAUAACUAGAAAUUUAUAAAAAAAAAUAUAUAUAUACAUAUAUAUAAUAAAAAAAUGUAGGAGGAACAAAUGAGGAGAGCUCAAUUCUACAAUUUAUAAAUUUUUAUAUAUUGUUUUUAUAAAUAUUAAAAAUAACAUGAUUUUGACUGAAACAGUCAUCAGAUAUCUGGAUAAUAUUGAAUAGAAGAAAAAAGUUAAAAAUUCUUCCAAAAUUAUGUCUUCUAUUAGGAAAAUUUUCAACAAAAACACAGAGUGACUAUUUUUUUAAAAAAUAAUUUUUUAUUUGUAUUUUUAAGUUAAAAAAUUUAAUACAAAUGUUUAAUAUUGUAAAAGAGAGUUAACUAGAGUAAUGAUAUAAGAUAUUCAAGAAAGUAUUGGUAUGAUACAGGGAAGAAUUGGUGAUACUUUGAUUACACUUUUUUAUGUAGAAUUGUGCUAUUCAUUUCGAUAAAACAGUCACAAAAUCAUAUGGAUGGAAUAUGAAUGGAUGCUAGGAACUACUUAGAUAUUAUGUACGGCAUUCCAAAUUGUGACUGUAAAAAAUGAUUUACAUAAUGUAUAUACUUUUCUGUAAAAAUUCACCAAUCAUGUUUAAAAUACAAACGUUCUCAUACAAGAGCUCUCAUAAGAGCUAAUAUGCUUGCACCUUUUUUAAUGUUAAUUCUGCCUUUGGUGCUUAGAUCAGCAUGCUAACGGCAUUGUAAAAUCUCUUGAAAUUUCUCUUUCAAACACAGUGUUCAGUACUUCAGCUUGCAUCUUAAAAAAUAUUAAAUGGGACAAUUUCAAGAUGUUCAGACUUUUUAUUCUGCAUAUUUAAUUGGCAUCACAAACAUUACUCAAUAAGCUCAAUUGAUUUUCUUAACAUACAUUUAAACUUUUUUAAGAAUAAAUUUUUAAGAAUGAAAUUUAAUGUUUUUGACAAUUGCAAGUUGAUCAUAUUGAUUGUUAGAAAAACCUAUGUUCAUGCAGAUUUAUUAGCUAUUUUCUAUUUGAACAACAGCAAUCUUACAAAUUGACAGAACAUGAUUUCUUUACAAUCUAUAUGUUUUUAUGUAAACAUUAAUUCUUUAAAACUAAAUUUACAGGAAAAUUUAACAAAAAUUGAAAAUAGAACUACUCAGAUAAUUAUAUGAAAU